AUGACGAAGCUCAAGCUCAUGAAGAAGACAAAGAUUGAUGCUGAAAUUCCCAUUAUUCUGGGAAGACCAUUCUUGGCAACCAAGAGAGCAUUGGUGGAUGUUCAAAAUGGGGAAUUGAAGUUCCGAGUGAACGAAUAUGAAGUAAGCUUUAAUGUGUGUAAGUCAAUGAAGCACCCAAGCGAUAUUCAUGUGGUCUCUACUAUUGAUGUUAUUGAUAAAACGGUGGCUAGUGUGAGCCAUUUGAUGAGUAUGAGUGAACCACUUGAGGCCAUGCUUGCUAACUAUGAUGAGUUCGAAGUCCAAGGCUAUAAAGAGGUAGUACCAACCCUUUCGGGUUUGGGGGAGUAUUCAAAAUCUUCAUUGAAGCUGGAUAUUGAUCUAAAAUAUGGAGAAAGUCCUCCCGCAAAGCCAUCAACGGAGGAACCACCGAAGCUUGAGUUGAAAGUAUUCACGGUAACUCUACAACAAACUCAUUGGUAUUCUGAUUUUGCUAACUAUGUAGUGCGCAGGCUGAUACCGGAAGAACUGAACAUCUAUCAACAAAAGAGGUUUUUAUUCGAUGUCAAGAAAUACUUUUGGGAUGAACCAUACUUAUUCAGAGAGUGUGUAAACCAUAUUAUUCAGAGAUGUGUACCGGAAGAGGAAUUCAAUGAAAUUCUCCAUGCUUGUCAUUCUUCACCGGUUGGGGGUCAUCAUGGUGGAGUGCGUACAACUGCUAAAAUCCUCCAAAGUGGUUACUACUGGCCAUCCCUUUACAAAGAUGCUCAUGAAUUUGUUAAGAAAUGUACGCAAUGUCAAAGACAAGGUGGAGUAUCCAGAAGACAUGAGCUUCCUUUGAAACCUAUUUUGGGAGUUGAAUUAUUUGAUGUUUGGGGAAUAGAUUUCAUGGGUCCAUUUGCGAGUUCGUUUGGUAAUAUGUACAUUUUGGUGGCAGUAGAGUAUGUUUCUAAAUGGGUAGAAGCUGUGGCACUACCAAACAAUGAAGGGAGAAGUGUUGUUCAGUUUCUAAAACGCUACAUCUUUGCUAGGACUGAUUGGUCUCAAAAGUUAGAUGAUGCUUUAUGGGCAUAUCACACCACCUACAAGACACCAAUCGGUAUAUAUCCAUAUCAACUACUCUUUGGGAAAUCUUGCCAUUUAUCGAUUGAAUUGGAACACAAAGCAUUAUGGGCAUUAAAGGCUCUUAAUCUGUACUGGGCAAGAACUUCAAAAGGAAGAGUAGAUUAUCUCAAUGAAUUAGAUGAAUUCAGGAUUAGGGCCUAUGAAAGUUCAACACUCUACAAGGAAAAUAUGAAGAAGUGGCAUGAUUCUAGAAUCCUUGGAGGGAAUUCUGAGUUGGAGAUUGGGUGUUGCUGUAUAACUCUCGACGAAGACUCUUUCCGAGAAAGCUCAAAUCCAUAUAGUAUGGCCCAUUUAGAGUAA